GGAUUACAGGUGUAAGCCACUGUACCCAGCCUCGUUCUUUAUUUUAAAUCUAAAUUUGCUUUACCAUGCUCAUUUCUGCUUGGUUGUUGUUUUUAGCUUAUCAUUUGAAAUUGAAGAUUAUCACUGCACAUAGUCUCAUGAGAAAAUGUUUCCCAUCAAGUUAAGGUCAGACAGAGCCUCUGCCUGAUAUAGUAACCUGAACCAAGCCUGGCCCAGCAGCUCUGUCCUGUGGCAUAUUUGCUUAGACUGUAGACCGAGGAGGAGAGAGCAAUUCCUGAAAGGCAGCUUUUUAGGACCUGUUGAGUUCGAGCAGACAGUGUGUGUCAGUGGGAUAGAAGACGGGUGAGGGAGAACAGGAGGAGUCUGUGGUCUCGUCCCAGGGAUGCUGAGUGUGUACACGGCCUCCCUCCAGCCGGGUGUGGGGGCAGGUGGACCCUGCUACUCUGCUCAGCUCCUUAGAUCCACCUCAUUCAGUCCAAGAGAGAGGGAGGCCUUUGCCAAGUUUUUCCAGAUAAGGAGAGUGUUGCUUUCUCUGAGAGGGCAUCAGCUCCUCUCACAAUUGAAAGGUCCAUAAUGAGUCCUGUGCUGACUGCCAUCCCCUCCACUGUGAGAACAUGCUGCAUCUUCAGCCAGCCUGAGCCCGUCGUGCAGGAGCCGAGGGUCUAGGUAAGGAGAUCUGCAUGGUCAUUGGCUAUCAGCACUAAAAGGAGCGUGUGUGAUGUUCUCUCUGUGGUAUACAAACAUGGGAUGAGAGAGAGUUUUCUGUGGAGCACAGGACUUGUAGGAAAUGGGGCCUGGGGAUAGGUGUGGGCUGCAGGAGGGUGGGCAGGAAGGUAAGCAGCAGGCCAACCAUAGAGAGGCAUUUAAAGGUGUUCCUGACAGAAGGUGGUCAGCUUCCCCAAGGCCCUUCCUCUCAGAGAUGGCCCAGGACGAUUCUCAUUUUGCCUGUCAGUUUGCGUUCUGCCUCUGUUUGGGAUGGUUGUGCACCUGAACUUUCCCAGGUUCAGGUAACCACGAUAUUCUCUGCCUUGUGUGGCACAGACCCUGUGGCAUGCUUGAGAGGCUCUCAGCAGCCUGGCAUGUCCCCUGGUGGGUGUCUGGAACUCCAGACACUUACCCCAUGGAGGCUCCUUGGGCAGGGGCACUUCCCAUCUGGACACAGUUUCCUCACUACAGACUGAAGAUAUAGUGCUUGGGCUAGUAGCCACAUCUCAGGUUAGUGAAGUCCACAGGCUGCCCCUUUAUGCACUGCCGCUGGAUUUCUCCCCUGUGUGGCACCUGCACCUGCCUCCUUCACCUUCAGCUGGUUGGUUUUGGCUCAGUGCCCUGUCCUGUGAAGGUCAUUUUAGGUUUGGUUUGUCAUUCCAUCUCCUAGGUGUCCAGAUCUGGAUCAUGUGCUUGCCUGGGGCACUGACCCCCUUCCAGAACACCUCAGCCUUGGGGAGCAGAGGCAGAAGGUGGCCCACUCCUGUCAUGACACUAAGCUGUCAUGAUGUUUUCCUUCUUACUGACAGAGCGCUGUGUCGUGCUGCGUUUUCUGAAGUUUCCUCCAAAUAGGAAGAAGACCUCGGAAGAGAUAUUUCAGCACCUGCAGAACAUAGUGGACUUUGGCAAAAAUGUCAUGAAGGAGUUUUUGGGGGAGAACUAUGUUCAUUGUGGGGAAGUUGUACAGCUACCUUUAGAGUUUGUGAAACAGCUUUGUUUAAAGAUACAAUCUGAAAGACCAGAGUCUCGCUGUGACAAGGACCUGGACACUCUCAGUGGUUACGCUAUGUGCCUUCCCAAUUUAACCAGACUUCAGACCUACCACUUUGCAGAGCACCGGCCGAUUCUGUGUGUAGAGAUUAAGCCAAAAUGUGGGUUCAUUCCUUUCUCGAGUGAUGUCACGCAUGAGAUGAAGCAUAAGGUCUGUCGUUACUGCAUGCACCAGCACCUCAAGGUGGCAACUGGGAAGUGGAAGCAGAUCAGUAAAUACUGUCCCCUUGAUCUCUACUCAGGAAACAAACAGAGAAUGCACUUUGCCUUGAAGAGUUUGCUACAGGAGGCACAGAACAACUUAAAGAUAUUUAAGAAUGGUGAGCUGAUUUAUGGCUGCAAAGAUGCCCGGAGCCCCGUGGCUGACUGGAGCGAGCUUGCACACCACCUGAAGCCGUUCUUCUUCCCUUCCAAUGGCCUGGCCAGUGGGCCCCACUGCACAAGGGCUGUGAUCAGGGAGCUGGUGCACGUGAUCACGCAGGUGCUGCUGAGCAGCUCGGACAAGGGCCGGGCAGGCACCCUGAGACCGGGGCUUGGGCCUCGGGGCCCGCGAGUCUGUGAAGCCAGCCCCUUCAGCAGGAGCCUGCGCUGCCAAGGAAAAAACACCCCAGAGCGCUCGGGGUUACCGAAGGGCUGUCUUCUGUACAAAACCCUCCAGGUGCAGAUGUUGGACCUCCUCGACAUCGAAGGCCUCUACCCUCUGUACAACCGGGUUGAGCGAUACCUAGAAGAGUUUCCCGAGGAGAGAAAAACCUUACAAAUAGAUGGGCCUUAUGAUGAAGCAUUUUACCAGAAGCUGCUUGACCUUUCCACUGAGGAUGACGGGACAGUGGCCUUCGCGUUAACGAAGGUGCAGCAGUACCGCGUCGCCAUGACUGCCAAGGACUGCUCCAUCAUGAUCGCGCUGUCCCCCUGUCUGCAGGAUGCCAGCUCUGAUCAAAGGCCUGUCGUCCCUUCAUCGAGGUCCAGGCUUGCCUUCUCCGUGUCUGUGCUGGACCUUGACCUCAAGCCCUACGAGAGCAUUCCCCAUCAGUAUAAACUGGACGGCAAGAUCGUCAACUAUUAUUCAAAGACUGUAUGUGCCAAAGACAACGCCGUGAUGUCGACUCGGUUCAAGGAAAGUGACGAUUGCACAUUAGUUCUCCACAAGGUCUAACUCUUUCCCUGCAAUGUCUUUGAAACUUGAACAUAGAAUGUGAAGGUUGAAUGAUAGAGCUAUUUUCUGUUGUGUUGGGUGACCUUUGGUUGUGAAUGUUUUUGCUUUUAACCCCUGUUGAGGUGGGAUUGCCUCUUGGAGAAAUGGAAUUGAAGAGCACUAGAAACAUCUUCCUGGACAAGGAAUGUAGGACGUGAGUACUGUGUCCCAGGAAGCUGCUCACAUUCUUAAAAUGGAAGUGUCCGUUAAGCCCUGGGGAGACCCUCUGGGUAGUUCUUCCUUCCCACCCAGGGCUCAUGUCUGAUUCUCUAAUGCAAAAAGCCUUAUUCUAAGACCCAAGCUUUGGAUCUGCUACCACCAGACUCCUAACAUAGAAAACUUGAAUUAUUACAUACAUUUUACAGUUUGGACUUUUAAGAAAACAUGGAUACUACUGGAACUUUCCCCAGCUGAGUUACAUGGUCACUUUUUCAGAAAGUGCAAGCCACAUAUCAACACAGGUUUUUAGGU